CUUGAAAAACUUGAGUCUUCCAGAAAGAAAGACUGUGCCCAGGCAAAGGAAGGUCUGUCGAAACAGCUGGAAGAAGCCACCAAGCUACUGGAGAACCUCCAGGAGAAGGUGGGACAGACACAGAGAGACCUGACGUCACCAAGCACAAAUGUCACUAAAGAAAAGACCCCAAGAGAAAAAGGGAGGCUGGACCCGGAAGAGUCAGAGAUGGCUUAUGAAUUAAAAGCACAGAUGAUGAAGAAUAUUGAGGCUGAGAACUCCAAGCUGCGAGCAGAGAUCACUUUACACGGAAAGAUUGUGGAGGUGAAGCAUCUCCACAACCAGAACCAGAAGUUACAGGAAGAGUCCAACCUCUCCCACACCAACAUGGUCAAGCUCCUGAACAGGUUCCAGAAGAAGGCAAAGGAAACUGACCAGAAGAUGAAGGCCUUUGAGGGGGAGCUGGCCAAGGCAAACAGACUUGCAUUCCGUUACAAGGACCUGUAUGACCAAGAGCGGCAGCAGAGAGGGGGCAAGGGGCUGUCCCCACGACCAGAUGACCAUGAUGAGGGCACAGACAGAAUCACCAUGCCCGCUAUAUCUGGACGCCACAAGUUAUCCAACUCUUCCACUCUGCUGGGAAACAACAUGAGAGUCAACGAUGUCAUUCGAAAAAAUGAGAGUUUGGUGGAUGAAAACGACUCUCUAAAGAAGGAAAUUGUCAAACUUCGACAGGACAAUGCUAUCCUCUUGAAGAAAACCAAACAUGCAAUGGCUGAUAGAGACAGUAUACUACAUGAGCUGGAAACGUGUCGCAUGUCACGGGAAGAUGUCAUCAAACGGCUCCAGAAAGAGAAAUCUCAGAAUCAGGUCCUAGAGCGGGCUGCAGCUCGGAGAGCCCAGGAGUUUGUGUUUGAGAAACGCCAGAAACAUGACCUUGAAGAGAGCUUACGUUGGAGAGUGGUAUACAAUGAUAGGUCUGGCCCUAUCAGUGCCUAUGGAGCAGUGCCCAGGACAUACUCACACGCUGUGCCAAAAAAUGUGGACCAACCACGAGGAAUGCUACCUGUUCAAGACUAUGCAACAGCCAAUCAAAGUUCAGCUUAAUGAUGGACGCCAUACAGACAUAUCAACCAGUUGAUUAGAAACGUAUCACAUGAUUAGUUUAACAUAUUCAUCGAACAAUAACUGUCAGUUUGUCAGUCUUAACUUUCUUUUCAAAUUUGAUUUUCUAAAUUAUAUUGGUUUUCUGACUACUGUUUUUGGAUGGACAAUCAUGUUAUUAAUUUUGGCUUAAACCUUUGUGUGUUGUUUUAAUUGCAGUGUAUAAGGUGACUUUUAACAUGUUGUGUUUCAAGCAGGGAAAACUGCAUUUGAUGAAACUUUCGAAUUAUGUUCUUUCGGUAAAAUCAUUAUCAUUUUAUGAACAUUUCCUGAUCAUUUACCAGUAUUAAUCACAUAUUUUUACAGUCAGUAUUAAUUAUGGACAAUGAUACUAAAAGAAUCUAAUUAAAAUGUUUAAAAUCAAACAUACAGAAUACUUUUAUUAAGAAGCAUUUACAAUUUAGGUGAACUGAUCUGGUCAAACAAUGUUUCUACAUAUGUGAACUCCUCGCUGUUGACACCUCCUGAUGCUAGUGUUACAGAAUGUGGAAACUGGCGGAGUUAUUGGUCCCACCCAGUUUGAGCAGCAAUCUUAAAGGGGUAGGAGACAGUUACAAAACAUAUUGUCUGUGUGUGUUUGUUGGAGUGUUGGGUGGGUGAUGAGAAUUAUAGUAUAUUAGUUGAGACUAGAACAAUUUUAUAUGACAACAAAAAAUCAAACAUCCCAUGCUGUUAGUUAUCAUCCAGUAGUGAGUUACCGACGUGAAAUUGCCGCAAUACCUGUCUACUUGUUUAAUAAACACAGGUCCAGUCAAACUGGAGACAGGAGCCCAGUCAGACUGGGUUGGCACUAUUAAUAGGCUGCAGCAGCCCAUAGUCCUUCUACAGAAUUGUUUUACAGAACUGAACUUGGACCUCUGACUAGCUGUGACACCAUGUGUCUGGGGUGACUAGUAUGUUGCCCACAGUUUAUACUACAUACUUCAGAUAAAUGAAUAAAGGUAGUUCGGCAUACACUGAGUGAUGGGUAGUGCAACAUUUUUUGUGUACAAACAGUUAACAGCGCUUAUUAGUAUGACAUACCAACAUCUUGUUAUCAGGAAGCCUUUCAGUUACACUCCAUGAUGACCUCUACUGUUUCUAAAUUUCUGUUACUGGAGUUCCCUCAUCUGAAGCACAGUGGCCCUGAAUGAUGACGACCUCACAUCGGUGAUAUUGCUCAAGGUUGUUCUAAUCAUUCUUAUUUGAAUACUUAUGACCACCACAAACACAAUGAAUGACCUUGCUACUAUAUGCAAGUAUUCUAUUAUGAAAUUAAUGAAUAUUAAAUCAAUCCAUAAAAUAUGAGUGCCUGAGGUGUGUAUUUGGUAAAGGGCAGCAUGUCAUGCUGGA